GAGCCUAUAAUUUAAAAAUCAUGUAAUAGGCACACCAAUUAAAAAAGGCCAACCUUUUCUCCGUGUUACCUUCCUUCUCUGGCUCCUCAUUCUAUGGCUUGGAUGAAAUGCACUUGCUUGGGCAAGGCAUUGGACGAUUUAUUUAUGACAUUAUUGUCAAGGCCAACAAAACAAAUGACACAAGUUAUUACGCCAAGAAACAAAAUAUUUUUAACAAGGAUGGCUACACUUUUAAGGUUCCAAAAGCACAACUUGAUCUGGUUGGAGCUUGUAUUACCAGUUCCAGGGCAAGUAUUCCUGUGUCUUUUCAGGGAAGUUGGGACAACUUGAUUGAGAAAACUGACGGAGCCCGGGCAAUCGACUUUUUGGAUUUUUUGUUGUACGUGGUUCCAACUCUGUUGGUACCUUUGUUUCCCAGAACUGCCGUAAGAAAAGCACUAAUUAUGCUUUCUAGAGGUUGUGCAAUUGCACUACAGUGGGAGCUUACGGGUCCUUUGAUCCAGGAGAUGGAAAGUUGUUUCGAGAGUUGGCAUGUAUUUUUAGAUCAGGAAAUUACCAAAAAGAAUAUAUCCAACAGCAUUUUCAAACCGAACAAUCACUAUCUAUCUCAUAUUGGCUACAUUGUGAAGAAAGCGGGAUGCAUGAGAUCUUAUAGUGCAAGAUCUAUGGAAAGAACAAUUGGCAAAUAUUCCAAAUUAAUCAAAAGCAAAGUACACGCUGGGAAUAUGGUGGAAAGACUCUCGAUUCGUGGAUAUAUCAAUUUGGCUUUAGACACAGUCAGUUUGUUGGAUACAAUCACAGCAACAAAAACAUCGUUGGAUGAUUUCAUAGAGCUGCCGCUUACAGCAAUCCAUAACCUUAAUCAUCAGCUAUGGAGCCCAUUCACCUUAUUUACUCAAGACAUGGUCGAAUCAGUCCCCAUUGAUACGUUUCUUCGAGAGCUCAAAAUAUACUAUAGCCGUUCAACAACAUCGCCUUUGUCGUAUAUCACCAUCAAUAACAUGAACUUUAAAAUUGCUGCUCGCGCACUUUUGUACAGCCAUGUAAUAUCUUCGAAAAUGUACCGUAGAAUCCGAUCGGAACAUCGCCGUGGAAAUCACUUUGUACUAUUCAAUGCAAGCUAUAAAUCCAAAACUUGUUGGUACAUUGGGGCGGUGCUUUUUUACUUCGAUCACAACAACACCUCCGAUCCUCAAAAUGCACAAUUCUUGGUUUUUGUUGAAGUAAUGAAAGAACAUUACGCUGCCGACUAUGACAAUACUAUACCGAUGAUAAAAAUGAACAGCGAUAGUGCAACAACAAGACAUGCUGUGAUCAGCCUCAACGACGUCCAACAUCAAGUAGGUUUGGUCCAGUCAUCACCCAAUUCACUUGAAUAUAAAGUUGUUGCACCAUACAAGAUCUUCAACGAAAACGUAAAACAAAAUGCUGGACAACUAAAGCACAUUUAAUUAUUCUUCAACACCAACCCAUGCUUUUUUUUAUCUCUUAUCCACACAAACUUUUUUUUUUUACAUAUAUUCUUAUCCAUAUCCACAUAUUUUUAAAAUAAAUCUUUAACUUUCAAAUUGAAACCUAGUUUGGGAUCACACAAUGAUUGUUCAGAUGUCAACAACAUUACAUUGAUGAAGAGGGUCAAAAAAAAAAAAAAAAAAAAAAAAAAAAGAAAAAAGAAAA